AUGAGGGAUAAUCGAGAAUGGAUGUAUAAUAGGUUAGAGGGAAAUUUUCUUAGCCCAACCUUUGCUAACAAGGUCGGUGAAUUUAUUGCGUUUGCUACCACCAAAGAUAAUGUUGUGUUAGAUGGUAUGAUGAAAUGUCCAUGUGCAAAGUGUCGAAAUAUUCCAUAUCAAGAUAUAGACACUGUAAAGGAGCAUCUCUAUAAGUUUGGUUUUAAGCCUAACUAUUUCCAGUGGGUUUAUCACGGGGAAUUACACUCCCAGAAAAAUUCUCAAAGUUCUUGCUCCACAUCCACUGAGGAUGCCUCUAACCCUUAUAUAAGCAUGGUGCAAGAUGCUUUUGCACAAGAAGGUCAUUUAGAAGAUAUUGAAGAGGAACCGCAUCCUAGUUUCAAGAAGUUCUUUGACAUGUUGAAGGCAGCUCAGGAUCCAUUACAUGAUGGUUCUAAGUUGUCUUUGUUAGCGGCUGCUGCAAGGCUGGCUAACAUCAAGUGUGAGUAUAAUAUUCCUAUAAAAGGCGUAGACGACGUUGCUUCCUUGAUGAGAGACAUGUGCCCGGAUGAAAGUAAGAUGUCUGAUAGUUUUUCCAAGACAAAGAAGCUACUUGCAGGGCUAGAGCUUCCUCACCAAAGGAUACAUGUAUGUCCAAAUGGUUGCAUGUUAUUUUGGAAGGAACACAAAGAUCUCAAAGAAUGUCUUUAUUGUAAGGAAAGUCGUUAUAAGACAAUAAGGGAAAAUAGCAACAAUUCUCCUCAUAGCGUUCUGAUUUAUUUCCCUAUCGGCCCGAGAUUGCAGAGACUAUAUGCAACAAAAUCUACUGCUGAGAAAAUGAGGUGGCACAAUGAUAAUCCUCGAGCUCAUGGCCUAAUGUCUCAUCCAAGUGAUGGAGAGGCAUGGAAGCACCUAGAUAAGGAGUAUGAAUCGUUUGCCGCCGAGCCUCGAAAUGUUCGACUUGGUCUUUGUGCCGACGGAUUUUCACCGUUCGGGAAGACCGGGAGGCAAUAUUCUUGUUGGCCCGUCAUCUUGACUCCUUAUAAUCUUCCACCCUCGUUGUGCAUGAAGAAACCUUUUAUGUUUCUAAGUUUGAUAAUUCCAGGUCCAAAAAGCCCAAAAGGGAAUCUGGAUGUGUUCUUGCAACCUCUUAUUGAAGAAUUAAAACAACUAUGGGAGGUAGGAUUGCCGACUUAUGACAUCCCUAAGAAACAAAAUUUCCAAAUGAAGGUUGCAUUGCUUUGGACAAUCAGUGAUUUUCCGGCAUAUGGCAUGCUUUCGGGAUGGAGCACGGCAGGUAGAUUAUCUUGUCCUUAUUGUAUGGAAAAGACUAAGGCAUUCACUCUUACCAAUGGUGGAAAACAAAGUUGGUUUGAUUGUCAUCGACCGUUUUUACCCCGUGAUCACGCUUUUCGAAAAAAUAAGAGUGCUUUUCGCAAAGACACAGUUGAAAACUCUUCUCCCCCGCCACGAUUGAGUGGAGAAGAAGUUUGGAAUCGUGUAUCUUUGAUUCCAACAACCCUUGAGUGUAUAAGGGAUGAAGUUGACCGUCCAGAAGGGUUUGGUGUUUUGCACCAUUUUACAAAGCAGAGUGUCUUUUGGGAGCUUCCAUAUUGGAGCAAACUCUUGAUACGUCAUAAUCUUGAUUUCAUGCACAUCGAAAAAAAUGUGUUUGAUAAUGUGUUUCACACUGUAAUGGAUGUCAAGGGGAAAACUAAAGACAAUGUGAAGGCAAGAAGAGACUUGAAAGUGUAUUGUAAACGACGGAAGUUGGAGGCUCGAGAUGUUGUUAACAGUAAAGGGAAGGAAGUAACCAUAAUGCUGAAUGCUCCUUUUGUGUUGCCCAAAGAUAAAAGGAAACUUGUUUGUGAAUGGGUGAAGAAACUAAAGUUUCCUGAUGGUUAUGCUUCAAAUUUAGGCUAUUGCGUCGAUUUAAAGGAAUGUAAGCUAUUCGGUAUGAAAAGUCAUGAUUCCCAUGUUUUUAUGCAACGGUUGCUUCCUGUCGUUUUUAAAGAUUUGUUGCCCCUAAAUGAGUGGAAUGUAAUCACUGAAUUGAGCCAAUUUUUUAGAGAUCUUUUCUCAACCACCUUGAAAGUUGAUCACAUGGAGCGCUUAGAGGAUAAUAUUCCUGAAAUUCUUUGCAAGUUAGAGAGAAUAUUUCCACCUGAUUUUUCAAUUCAAUGGAACAUCUUCCUAUUCAUUUGCCUUAUGAGGCAAAAGUUUGUAUACCAUUUAAAAAAGAAGGUGGGUAAUAAAGCUCGAGUGGAAGGCUCAAUUUGCAAUGCUUACCUACUAGAGGAGAUAACAAAUUUUUGCUCUCUUUACUUUGAAGAAGAUGUUAACUGUAAGGUGAAAGAUUUAGGAUUGGGUACAUGUGUUGAUAAUGAAUCAAACAUUGAUCCCGAUCUACCUGAGAUGUUUUCUUCAAUUAUUGGGCAUAGUUCUUCGGAAGGCCAAUUUUGUUACCUUGAUGAAAAGGAUUACAAAGUCGCUCAUCGAUAUGUUCUAAGUAAUUGUGAAAUAUUACAACAAUAUCAAAGGGACUAUGUAUUGAAAAAGGGCAUUAAUACUGACAUUAUUCGCUCAUUGGCAUCAGGACCACUGACAAGAGUUCGAAAAUUCAAUCGAUAUCACAUUAAUGGAUAUCAUUUUCAUACGUUUGCUUAUGGAAAGAAUAAGUCAACUAUGAACUAUGGUGUUUGUGUAAAAAGUGUCCAGGGAGAUGAUUUUUAUGGCAUUCUUCAAGAAGUGGUGGAAUUGACUUAUGUCGGAGCAAGAAAGCGUCACACAACAAUGUUGUUUAAGUGUGAUUGGUUUGAUGUUGGACGUGGUACUAGGAUACAUGAAAAGUACAAUCUUGUUGAGGUGAAUCAUUCAAAGAGAUAUCCAAAGUAUGACCCGUUUGUACUGGCCUACCAAGUUGAGCAAGUCUAUUAUGCUCCUUCUCCAACUAACAACAUUGGAAGAAAUCAAUGGUGGUUUGUUUUUGAUGUAAAGGCAAGGGGAAUUAUUGAUGCCCCAAUUGAUCCUAUGGCUUUCCAAUUACUAGCCAAUGAAAACCCUUCAUUGCUAUCCGAGUUUCAGGCCGAAGAAUUUGUAGAAAGCGAUGAAGAAACUCAAGUGCUUUCCUCUCAUGAAUAUGAGGAGGUUGAUUGA